AUGGAAAUCAGCACAGCAGUCUGGAUCAUAAUCUUCUGGCUAUUCAUCAUAUUCAUCAACGUUUUCGGCACCCUGGGCUUUGCUGAGGAGGAGUUUGUCUCCUCUACCUUUAAGCUGAUCGCCACCGUUAUCUUUAUGAUCGUCGCCCUUGUUCUCAUCUGCGGUGGUGGCCCUGAGGGUGGAAAGUAUGAUGAAUACUGGGGUGACCGUCUCUGGAGGGAUCCUGGUGCUUUCCAGAACGGCUUCUGCGGUUUCUGCUCCGUCUUCGUCACUGCUGCUUUCGCCUUCUCUGGCACCGAGCUUGUCGGUUUGGCGGCUGCUGAGUCUAACAACCCUGCUAAGGCUCUGCCCGGUGCUAUUAAGCAGGUCUUCUGGCGUAUUACUAUCUUCUACGUUCUGGGUCUUACCUUCGUCGGCCUCCUCGUCAGCUCCACUGAUGAACGCCUUCUGAACUCCGCUAACCCCUAUGCUGAUGGUGUCUCCCCCUUCGUCUUGGCCCCUCUCGAUGCUGGGCUUCAUGGAUACGACAGCUUUAUGAACGUCGUUACCCUUGUCUCUGUCGUUUCUAUUGGUGUCUCUUGCGUCUACGGCGGCUCCCGCACCUUGACCGCUCUUGCCCAGCAGGGAUACGCCCCCAAGAUCUUCGCCUAUAUUGAUCGAUCUGGUCGCCCUCUUUACUCCGUCAUCCUCAACCUUGCAUUUGGUAGUCUUGCCUACGGCCACACUCUAGACGAGCUUCCCUUCCGUGCUAUCGGCAGAACUGCGGAUUCAUGGCUGGGUCUCUUCCUGAUCUUCAUCUCUCUGCUUGCCCAGUUCUACGUCGCCAUCGCGCCCCCCGGCAGCCCCGACCUGGCCACUGCUGAGGACUUCUUCAAGGCCUACCUCGCCCUGCCCGUUGUCCUCUUCUUCUGGGCCUGCGGUUACCUCUGGAAGCGCCAGGGCUUCCUGAAGCUCUCCCAGAUCGACCUCGACACUGGCCGUCGCGAGCACGACUGGGAUGAGAUUCACGCGUACCGCGCCAAGGUUGCCACCUGGCCUAAGUGGAGACAGUUCCUCGACAAGGUCUUCUAA